AAAUUUAAGUUAAAUUCAAAACCAAAUACUUUCCAUUAUAUCUUAGGUCGGCACGAAACUUGCAAUCCGAGUUUUACAGGAGCCAAAAAAGACUCGAUUUUUAACGAAUGUGCCCUAUUGAAACCAAAAAAAAGAAAAAAAAUAUUAUGAUGAAAAUCAGCAAGAAGAUUCUGUGAAGCAACGCUACAAUAUUCAUUAUUCCCGACCCAUCUUCUCUUUUCUCCCCAAUUCUUCUUCGUUUUUGGUCGAAUUCUUCUCGAUCCACUCAACCCAGUUGAUCUCUUUCAUCAAAGGGCUUUGAUCCUUGACCCACUUUCAUCUCAACAACCGAAACGAAUUCAAUUAAAGAAUCUUGGUAGCCAUGGGGCAAGUGUUUCGAAAGCUGUUCGAUGCAUUCUUCGGCAAUAGCGAGAUGAGGGUUGUCAUGCUGGGCCUAGAUGCAGCAGGGAAAACAACAAUACUUUACAAGCUGCACAUUGGAGAAGUUUUAUCAACUGUCCCUACUAUUGGUUUUAAUGUGGAAAAAGUUCAGUAUAAGAAUGUGAUGUUCACGGUUUGGGAUGUUGGGGGCCAAGAGAAGUUGCGUCCCUUGUGGAGGCAUUACUUUAACGACACAAAUGGAUUGAUUUAUGUUGUUGACUCUUUGGACCGAGAGAGAAUAAGCAAAGCAAAGGCAGAGUUUCAGACUAUUAUCAAUGACCCUUUCAUGUUGAACUGUGUCAUCUUGGUGUUUGCAAACAAACAGGACAUGAAAGGAGCAAUGACACCAAUGGAAGUAUGUGAAGGUCUUGGACUGUUUGAGCUGAAGAACCGAAAAUGGCAUAUACAAGGGACCUGUGCGCUUAAGGGAGAUGGGCUAUACGAGGGGUUAGACUGGCUAGCCAGCACCCUAAAGGACAUGAAGGCGGCUAGCACCUCAUCUUUCUGAUUAACCGGGUGGUCAAGUCCUAUGAGCCCACCCGCUUUGAUCAAUAACCCAACUUUUUUUGUUUUAAAUGUAUAUUGAGAAGACAUGAGCUUUGGAUAGCUGUUGUGCAUGGAUGGCACCCUAUGUAGUAGUUGUUUAUUUGGCAUAAUGUAAAAAAGAAUCACUGCUGUUUGGGUGUUUGAUUUACUUCUCUAAAUUUACGUGUUGAAUGGAUGAAUGGUUUCUUUUUGAU